AACCCCCCAAAUAGAAGAAUGUUUGUCGGUUAAGUGAAUUUGCAGACUAGAUCAAGCUUCGAGCCAAAGAAUCUAUCCUUCUUCUUCGGUGAAUAUCUCUCUCUCUCUCUCUCUCUCUCUCUCUCUCUAGAAUGAUUCAGAGAUGGAUGAAGAAAAAAUCCCAGUUGCCACUCAUAGCACUGCUCUUCUUCCUCUUCAUACUCUCUUCACUUCUCUACUACGAACGGAACAUUCAAGAAAUCCACCAAGACCCAUCUCUCAAGCAUCCCUCUUUGCUCGAAUCCACAGCUCCAAGUAAUUUUAGCAUCCCAAAGGGGCCUCCAGAAGUUUUGGAUAGGUUCACCAAGUGUAGAUCCACUGUGAAGUACAUUGGUCGGAAAGCAAGGUGGGAUGUUCAGGAGGAGGAGUUGAACAGGCGGAGGGGAAAUGAGGAAAAUUGUGACUUUUUUUCCGGCAAAUGGGUUUUCGAUAACUCUUCGUAUCCGCUCUAUAACGAGUCAGAUUGUCCAUACAUGUCUGACCAGUUGGCUUGCCACAAGCAUGGACGGCCAGAUUUGGGGUACCAGUACAGGAGAUGGCAGCCCCACAAUUGCAAUUUGAAGAGAUGGAAUGUGACUGAAAUGUGGGAGAAGUUAAGGGGAAAAAGAUUGAUGUUUGUUGGAGAUUCGCUGAAUAGAGGGCAGUGGAUAUCAAUGGUGUGUUUGCUGCAGUCUGUAAUUCCAGUAGAUAAGAGGUCCAUGUCUCCCAACGCGCAUCUAACCAUUUUCAGAGCAGAGGAAUACAAUGCCACUGUUGAAUUUCUUUGGGCCCCGCUGCUCGUUGAUUCUAAUUCUGAUGACCCAGUGAAUCACAGACUGGAUGAACGGAUAAUGCAGCCAGAUUCAGUUCUCAGGCAUGCUUGUCAGUGGGAGCAUGCUGAUAUACUUGUGUUCAAUACAUACCUGUGGUGGAGGCAGGGGCCGGUAAAGCUGUUAUGGAGUAGUGAAGGAGAUGGGGUUUGCGAAGAAAUAGAUGGGCUGGGAGGGAUGGAGUUGGCUAUGGAGGCUUGGGCUAAUUGGGUUGCUUCUAAUGUCAACCCCCUCGAGAAGCAGGUCUUCUUUGUAACCAUGUCCCCUACACACCUUUGGAGCCGAGAAUGGGAGACAAGUGAAGGAAACUGUUAUAACGAGAAAACACCUAUAAAUAAUGAGGGCUACUGGGGAAGUGGUUCCGACUUGCCUACAAUGCGAAUGUUGGAGAGGGUGCUGAAUAGUUUAAGCUCGAAGGUUUCUGUUAUCAACAUCACUCAGCUGUCAGACUAUCGAAAAGAUGGACACCCUUCAAUUUACCGCAAGUUUUGGGAGACACUGAGCCCGGAACAAUUGUCUAACCCUGUUAGUUACUCCGACUGUAUACAUUGGUGCUUGCCAGGUGUGCCUGAUGUGUGGAAUGAGUUGCUAUUCCAGUUUUUGUAGGUCUUACGUAGAUCGGGGGAGAGGAUUUUCGGCUUAUUUAGCCCGUGUGCCAAGAAAUUUGUCAAUAGUUUUUUUCUCAUCGUUUGGAUGAAAUAUGUGGUUUAUGAGAAUUCAAUUUUCAAUCUCUUUAUGCUAAAGAAAGAGCUUUGAUUC